UUUUAUUUAUUGUUUUUACACACCUCGCUGCUGCCUCUGUUUUUUGGCAGAAGAAGGGAGGAGGAGCGGCGGGGUGCUGGAGGUCUUCGGGGCGGUGCUGACGCUGCUCUCCGUGGCCUUUAUCCUCUUCACCUUCCCCCUCACCGCCUGGAUGUGUGCCAAGGUCAUCCAGGAGUAUGAGAGGGCUGUAAUAUUCAGACUGGGCCGUGUCGUUAAAGGACGAGCUAAAGGACCUGGUCUGUUCUGGUUCAUCCCCUGGCUGGACGUCAUACAGAAAGUGGACCUGCGGACCGUCUCCUUUAACAUCUGUCCACAAGAGGUCCUGACUGCAGACGGGGUGCCGUUAAAGGUGGACGCUGUGGUGUUUUACCGGGUGGUGGACCCCUCCCUCUGGGUGACGCGUGUUAAAAAUGGUUACCAGGCCACGCACACGCUCGCUCAGACGACGCUGAGGGCCACGCUGGGCGCACACACUCUGACAGACAUACUGAUGCAGAGGACGGACAUUACAAAGAGGACGGAAUACUACAGUAGUACACAGUUGUUGAUAUUUGUUGUGCCUGUGUGUACCUGUGUUGUCCUGCAGGAGCUGCUGCACGCUGCGUCCAGGCUGUGGGGCGUUCAGGUGGAGCGGGUGGAGCUCAAAGACCUGACGCUCCCCGUCAGUCUGCAGCGUUGCAUGGCUUCAGAGGCCGAGGCUGCCAGGAAGGCCAGGGCCAAGAUGAUUGCGGCUGAAGGAGAGGUGAAGGCGUCCCGUGCUUUAAAGGAGGCGGCGUCAGGACUUUCCCCCGUGGCUUUCCAGCUCAGAUACCUGCAGUCGUUGUCGUCCGUCCCGAGCAGCGCGUCCGUCGUGGUCUUCUCCGUCCCCACAGAGCUGCUCCACAUGUUCCUCUCCCACCAGCCUGAACUCGUCUGAGCGUCUCUGCAGGGAAAUAAAGACGGGCCGAGCCGAGAACAUCAAAACUUAGAAAACAUCAGUUUAGCUUGUUAAAUUUCUUUGUUCAGAUGUUCUGUGUUGUUGAAUUAAUUGUAAAUUUGUGAUUAUUUGUAAAUAUAAUUGCAUUUCAGUUACUCUGUUAAUAAAAGAGUUUUUUUUAUUUUUGCACCUCAUGUUCAAAAUCAGCUUGGGUUAUUUGAUUUUAUCACUAUUUCUGUUGCUCAA